CACAACGUCGAGGAUGUGGACCUGUACCGACCCGGUGGGCACCACCCCGUUAACCUGGGCGACGUGGUCGGACACAAGUUCAAAAUCCUUCACAAACUCGGGAACGGAGGGUUCGCUCUUGUCUGGCUGGCUCGGGAUUUAGACCAACACAGAUACGUUGCGCUCAAAAUCCUGAGAGCAGACGCGGAGGACCACGAGACCAAAGUCCUGAAGCAUCUUAAAAACGCUGCAGGAAACGUUCGCAUUACAAACCUCCACGAAACAUUUACCAUUCACGGACCUAAUGGCGCUCAUCAGUGCUUGGUGCUGGACCUCGGUGGGCCAAGCCUGAAGCAUCUGAGUAUGUACAGCAAACGCCCUCCGCUUCCAUUUCGCAAAGCCGCCAGCAGGAAACUGGCAGAAGGCGUUGCAGCCCUCCACUCGGCCGGCGUAUGUCACGGCGACCUCACGCAUUCCAACGUGCUUUUCGAAAUCCCAGGCCUUCAUGACUGGACAGAAGAUGAUAUCCAUCGCUACCUGGGCCCACCUAAGACGGCUCCACUCCUCCUCCUCGACGGAGCGCCUGCACCAGCAUUUGCGCCAACCCACGUCGUCGACGCGCUAGAUUACUCCCAGCUCAGCACGGAACAACUAUCAAGCAAUGUCCUCAUAGCCGACUUCAGCGCAGCAUUCUCCCACGACAACGCGCCCAAGGGCCUGGGAACCGCCGCGUCCUUCGCCGGCCCGGAGCUGCGUUUCGGGUACCCGCCGUCGCCCGCCGUAGAUCUCUGGGCGCUCGGCUGCCUGAUUUUCGAGAUCCACACCUUUCGCGUGCUCGUACCCACCGCCUUUGGCUCGUCCGAGGAGGCGCUCGCAGUCGCGACUGAAACAGUCGGCGCUCUGCCCGAAGAAUGGCGGGAUUCCUAUGACAGCCCCCUGGAAGCGAACGCAGGCGAGAAGCACCGCUGGUUCGACGAC